ACCAGCUGCCACCUGCCUGCUUACCCCAGCCCCAGUCAUCAUGUCUCAUAUCCCAAAGAGUCAGGGCCUGGAGAUCCCAGGGGCCCGGAAGACCGAAGAAAGUGCACAGAGCUGGCUGGACACCAUGGUGUCCUCAGCUGAAGAGGAGGAGAAGGGCACAUUCUUUGAAGAGAGCACGUCAGAGGAAGAGUAUGUCUUGGAGACGCCCAGUGCCCCCCAGAACUCCCCAGAAGUCUACCACAUUUACACUCUGAUCCAGGCCAUCCCGUGCAGCCACCCUGGUGAGAGUUCCAGCAGCCAGGAGGGCGAGGGCAGCGCCUCCCAGGCCGAAGCACAGCCACAAGAGUUUCUGAUCGGUGACCAGCUGGACAAGAAGGUGGCAGAGUUGGUGAAGUUCCUGAGCUUCAAGUACAGAAUCAAGGAGCCUAUCACCAAGGCAGAAAUGCUGACGAAUGUCAUCAAAGAGCAAGAGGCCCACUUCCCCAUCAUCUUCAACAAAGUGUGUGAGUGCAUGGAGGUGGUCUUUGGCUUAGAAGUGAAGGAGGUGGAUGCCAGCAGCCACUCGUAUGAGCUCCACAAAAUCCUGGAUCUCACCUACGACGGCAUGCUGAAUGAUAACAGCUUGCCCAAGACGGGCCUCCUCAUCCUCAUCCUGGGUGUGAUCUUCAUGGAGGGCAACGUUGCCUCUGAGGAGAAGGUGUGGGAGGUGCUCAGUAUGAUCGGGGUGUGUGCAGGCAGGAGAGAUUUCAUCUAUGGAGAGCCCAGGAAGCUCAUCACCAAAGAUCUGGUGCAGGAGAGGUACCUGGAGUACCGGCAGGUGGCGGACAGCGAUCCUCCCAGCUAUGAGUUCCUGUGGGGUCCCCGGGCCUGUGCUGAAACCACCAAGAUGAAGGUCCUCCAGUUCUUCUCCAAGGUCAGUGGCACUGUGCCCACUUCCUUCCCAUCCCGCUAUGAGGAAGCUCUGAGAGAUGAGUUGGAGAGAGCCCAGGCCAGAAUUGCUGCCUUGCAUGGCUCACGGGCCCCAGGUGAGGAAGAUUCCAGCAGCGUCGAGUCUGGCAGCGAGUCUGGUGGCGCCAAGUCCUGCCCGGAGUGAAGCCCAAGGGAGGUUCUCUGCUCAGUUUCAACAAGGCCUUCCAGGCUCUACAGAAUGGAGGACUGAGCCGCACUUUUGCUUCCUGUGUGCUGUGUUCUAAGCCGUUUCCCUAUUUUAGAGCUCUCCAGUUUUGCUGUCGAAGUUUCUGAAGGAUUUUGGUGAUAGAGCUAU